ACGGUAUUGUGCAGUUUGAACUGACAGCAAUUUCAACAAAUGAAGUUUGCAGAUAGUAUAUGGAGUACUAGUGAUGAUUCAGUGAAAGCCAACUUGAUGCAAGACAGCGCUGGUCAGAGAGUUGGCACAUUUCCCUCUCAAAGCAACCACAGAAGAAAGGGGAGUGGAUCUUCAGAUGAAAACACGAAUACAAGAAGAAUUAAGCUACAGACAUCAUUCCCGCCUAUUCAUCUCAGUUUAAUUUCAAGCACUAAACCACUGGAUAAAAAGCACAAGGAUUAUGUUUCAAAUUCUGAUGUUUCCAGGGAUGUUUGGGGGGAAAAGCUUAAUUUGCCACAAGUUGAGAAGGCACCAGAAAAGUUUUUUUCCAAGCCUGUUAAAUCUUUCCCUGACAAAUCCAAAUUUGCCAAAGAUUACGGAUGCAACCUGAACCCACUGUCAAACACCCCAACCUAUGCUUGUGAUGGACAAAAGGAAUCUAGAUUGAUAGAAAAGCAAAGCUGGUUUGAUAUACCCAUUACAAGGUCAGGGACGGACAGACUGUCGCCUGAGAUAACCAAAGUUUCAGAAUGUCUCUCGUGCAAAAAUGAGAGGAGAAUCAGGAACGAUUAUGACAAGAUCCUUUUACAGUCAAAGAGAGAAAAGGAGGCUUUACAGCAAAAAGUGAGCGUGUUAGAGGUGGAGCUAAAAAAAUAUAAAGAACUCAACACAGCUGCCCAGCAACAAGAAGAUGUAACUAUGGAAUAUCAGUAUGAAGGAGGUUCUCAUCCUGGACUUUUUGAAAUAAAGAAUAAAUGUCCAGAUAUAAUAAAAUGGGGAGAUUAUAGAGAGUUAGAAGCGAACACCAAAGACAAACAGGAACAGAUUGAUUGUUUGCUAUUAAAGGUUCAAGAGCUAAAUGUUCAGCUUGGUAAGACACAAGAUGCUGAAAUGGAACAGAAAGAGCUGUUCAAAAGCAGGCAAAGCAAAUUGGCUUUUGAUGUGGAAGACUUAAAGCUACAACUUCAGAGAGCAAAGGAGCACGAAAAGCUGAAAGUCUCGAAUUUAGAGAGCGAGAAGGAAAAUAUCCUCAACCAACUAGAGAAUACAAACACGGAACUGGAGAAAUUCAGGAAAAGAAAAUCAUUAUUAAUAGCUGAAUUGCGCAAGGAAAAGGAAGGUUGUUUCAUGGAAAUUGAGAAGCUGAACACAAAUUUAGAGAAGGUGAAAUCAGAGAACAUUGCUCUUUCAGACACCGUAAAGCUACUGCAGCAAGAUCUUGAGAAGAGGCCCCUGUGCUCCUCUUUUCCUGCUCAGGUUUUUUCAGGAGGAGCGGAAGUACUGCUCAUUUCACACAAUGCCCAUGCCCUUGGGACAGAUUAUAAGUAUCCUGAGCUCUCCAGUUGUGGAAGAAACCUUCAGAAUGUAACGUCCAGCUCCAAUAAGUCGGUGGCAGAUGACAUCAGAGUAAAAGAGAUAUAUAAACAACUGAAGCGUGAACGAAACUUGUUGCUUGAUGUCAUGCUUGUCAUGUAUGCCAGGAGGUGGUUUGUGGAAGAAGCUGUCCCACAUGUCAGAAGAGCCCUUAGAAAAUGUGGUGCUUUACCGGAAGACACAGAUUAGUUAUGGAAUCCAUAUAAUUCUAGAAUGUCAAAUACAUUAGGGUUCAGUCUGAAGCUGCUACAUACACAUUAGGAGAUAUUGUUUGUUUGGCAAACUGAAAGCAGGCCAUUCUGUGUGUGUACACGUUUUUCGCUCAGGACUUGGCUCUAUCACGAAUGUUGUUUUUGUCAAGCCACAUCCUGUACUUGGCAAGAGUUUCUGCAAAUUGUAAGCCUGUUAAUGGAAUUGUAUUUCUGACUCUGAGCUUUUGAAUGAGUCACAAGUAGAUCACUACAAAGAUGUGUUUGGGGCCUGCCAUUUACACCAAGUCUAUUAGCAUAUGAAAACAAGGAAUUUGUGAUACAGGAAAGUUACGUACAUACGUUUUAUUAGGAACACACAAAAAUAUUCUUUAACAUGCAGUGGAAUGAAUUCCUGGAGUUCAUUCACCAAACAUACACAUGAU